AUGAGAACCGACCUUUUCCUCGCCGUGGCCUAUGCUGCCAUUGUCAAGGCAUCGUCCGACUACGACCUGACCCUCUUCAGCGAGGCAGGCUACAAGGGAGAGGCAAUUCAGGCCGAGCCCAACCAGUGCAUGUCUUUCAGCAAGCACAACAUCACCCGCGCCAAGUCGGUCGCUCUGGCCGGCAACCAUGCCUGCAUGUUUUUCUCGUCGAGCUCCUGUGACCGCAUGGACCUGGCGCAGCCGAUCAUGGGCGACGUGCCCAACACGGACGUCUGGGGUUUUCCCUACGGCCCGCGCGCGGUCAAGUGUCUGUCGAGCAGCGCGACAGACGUGCUCAAGAACUACGACUGUACGUUCAACGCGUGGUGCAGCGUGCUCGAAAAGCAGGGCCUCUGCCCGUUUGACAGCAGCUGCACGCAGUACAAUCCGAUCGAGUUCCAGGACUGGCAGCGCUUCACAGAGCCGGGCGUCAGCCCGGUCAUCGACCGCUACCUCGUCAACAGCACGACUGCAGCGCUGAACCGGCCCAAGGAGGAGCUCAAGGCAGCCCGGCCGGCCAAGAUCGAGGUCGACAGCCGCAAGAACUGGGAGGGCGGCUCGGACGACUACAGCGCCAACUGGAUACCGCCGGCCCACCCAGACCCCGAGUCCAAGGCGGAGGCCAAGGCCAUGGCCAAGGAGGCCCACAAGCAGGCCAAGCAGGACCGCAAGCAGGACCGCAAGGACGCUCGGCGCAAGAACAAGGAGCAGAAGGCCUACGAGAAGGCCCUGUUCGAGAAGGCUGAGAAGGCUCGGAAAGAGAAAAAGGCCAAGGCCAAGGCCAAGGCCAAGGCGGUCGAGCGCAUCCGCAAUGGCGGCCACUGA